UACAUACGUUCUGGCCAUUUUAGCAGAUAAUUUCGUUUUAAGAGUGUGUAUAGAGAGACGAUAAAUUUAUGUAACGCGAGCUAAUUACGUCGAUUUUCGUGAUCCCGUCAAAUGUCGCGAUCUUGUACAUGGUCAAUACAUGCGAUUAAUCCUCGAGAUGAACUGUAACGCUUUUCUUUUUCGUGAGUGCCUAGUUUGCAUGUACCAACGAUAGCUCUUUAAAUCAACAAUGAUAUUAUGCGAAACAUGCUUCCCAGAGAGGGAAUAUUAAGUGUCAAUUUCUCGCGACAUUGAACUAUCCCUACUACUCAAAACCAUAUUAAAACGCACUAUCUCGAAUCUGUUAUAACGUGUUAACAUGACCUCAUUCCUUUGUAGUAAAAUAGAUAUUUACUAAUUCAAGAAUAUAUAUACGUAUAAGUAAUUAUAUUUUGAAGUGCUAUUAUAAAAGUAUUGUACAAUCACAGAGGAUGGGUUCUUAUGGGUAAUAUGGUUCUAUAGAUAUAUUUACUAUAUUUUGUGCAAUUACAAGUACUGUUUAAAAGGAAAUGAAUAUUAGCAUCUUGGGCUAACAAAAAAGGUGUAUUUAAUUUUUGUAAAGAACAUGGAUUCUGAAAGCAAAACACCUGAUGUUAGAAAUGAUUAUGAAAUGAAUCUUCUUGACAUGAAUAAUAUUGAAAACAAUAAAUCCAGUGAGAUGCAGUCAGAUUCUAUGAGUGACGUGGGAACUGUAAAUAGUUCUGUUGAUUGGUGUGAAAGUAGUAUUACUACAAAAGAUGCUAGUCUUGUAGCAGAACAAAGUAAUAAUGUUGUGUCUGAAACUAUGCAAAACGAACAGGUGCAUAAGUCCAUGAAACUUCCUCUACAAGAUAAUUACCAGGGAAUUGAAAUUGAUACCGAUGAAUGUGAUAAAACUAAUAAAAUAGAAGAAGUAUUGUUUACCACUGUUACUUCAGUUGAUGCAUCAGAAGCAACUACUUCACAAGACAAUACUCCAUCUUCCUCCUAUGCUAAAGAACCAAAUACAUUACAUACAGAUCAAAACAAAGUCAAAAGAGGUACAUCGAUGGAAACUUUAGGUGACAAUUUGGAUGAAGAUUCAAGUAAACGGCAGAAGUUAAGUGUACACGAUGAGGAAAAUUUAAAUGAUGAUGCAAUAACAUUUCAAAAAACUAACUCAAAAAUGAGACAGCGAAAUUACCGCAAGAGGAUAGUAAGUGAUAAUGAGGAGAGUUCUAGGACUACCGCACAUCAAGAGACAGUCAGAGAAGCAUCAAUAAUCGAUGCUGAUGAAGGUAAUGUCGCAUCUGCUAGUACUAACAACGAAUCGUUUGUUUAUAACGAAUCGUUAAACAGAACUUCAGAAACUCGCGAAGGAGGCUCAGAAACAAGUAGUGACGGGGCUGAUCGAGAUGAAAAUGAAAGAGGCAAUUCGAAUGAAUGGACAACAGCUAGCGAGGAUGAAAUGAAUGAAGAUGAAGAACCUCUCUGUCUCAAAAUUGCAAAACCGCAACCUACCUUUCAUUUAAUACCAGAACUUCUAGGCCGCCAAUUAGGUUGCAACCCAUCGUUUCACAAAAAAUAUCAUGGUUCUUUAAAUGUUGUAGAACGACUUAAACUGCUAUACGAACUUAAUGAGCACCAGGGUUGCGUAAAUGCCUUAAAUUUUAAUCAAAAGGGGAACUUAUUAGCAAGUGGCUCUGAUGAUUUGGCGGUUGUUAUCUGGGAUUGGGCUAGAGGAAAAAAGCGACAUUGGUUAGAAAGCGGCCACUGUAGUAAUAUGUUUCAAGCGAAAUGGUUACCGUUCGACAUGGAAUACCUUAUGGUAACUUGUGGCAGAGAUGGUCAGGUACGUCUAUUAGAUCUUAGACAUGAAACAUCGAGGAGAAUAGCAACACAUCAUGGAGCAUCACAUAAAUUGGCUGUGCACAAUGAGACACCUCAUGUAAUUAUUUCUGUGGGGGAAGAUGCGAAGGUAUUAUCGAUAGAUAUCCGAGAGCGUAAACCAAGCAAAUUGCUGGUGGUAAAAGAAGAUAUUGCAGAGGUGCAAUUGUACAGUGUACAUUCUAAUCCCUUUAAUAGUAACGAAUUUUGUGUCGCCGGCCGUUCCCAUUACGUGAGGGUAUACGAUCAACGAAAAGUUUCGACGCCUCUUUAUAAAUUAUGUCCUGAUCACCUGACGGAGAAUAAGUACGCCCAUGUGACGUGCGCUGUAUAUAACUAUAAUGGAACCGAAAUCCUCGCAUCAUAUAACGAUGAAGAUAUAUAUCUAUUUGAUAGAUUGAUGUCCCCGUGCGUGGAUUAUGCGCACAGAUAUCAAGGUCACCGCAACAAUGCAACCGUGAAGGGUGUGAACUUUUUCGGGCCUAAAAGCGAAUAUGUUAUAUCGGGGUCCGAUUGUGGCAACAUAUUUAUUUGGGAUAAAAACACGGAGGCUGUUGUGCAAUGGAUGAAAGGCGAUGAACAAGGAGUUGUAAAUUGCUUAGAAGGCCACCCGCAUAUUCCAGUUCUUGCGACAAGUGGCUUGGAUUAUAAUGUCAAAAUAUGGAUUCCCUGGGACGAAGGAUCUCCGAAGAUGGGAGAUUUCGCUAAGUGCGUUAAAAAGAACGCGAGAAACAGGAAGCGUGAAAACGAGCCCGAUGCAUUCGACGGCCAAAUGCUUUGGAUCUUACUUAGGCAUAUCCGUGACACAGAAUCAGCGCGACAUCGUUUCGGACGUUAUGAUACUCCAGAUGAAGACAGCGAUGAUGAGGAUGAUUAUGUAUCGGAUGGCUCCUCGAAUGACAAUUCAUGGGAAACCGAUUCGGAAGGUGAUGAUAUCGAAAGAUUACAGUGCCCUCCAUCUUAAAGCUGUUGACGCGAUUUGCUAUUAUUGUGAUGGAAUAAGUUGCAUAGCGUUAGGAGAAUUCAUUAGUCGUUUUGCAAAUUAUGAUGAAUUUUAUGAAGUAUAAUUAUAUAGCAGAGUGUAUAGAGAGAGAGAGAGAGAGAGAGAGAGAGAGAGGGAGAGAGAGAGAGAACGAAUGUGUAGGAUCUUGUCGCAAAAGUCCUGCACUCUAUAUCAUUAAUCUUUUUUAUCAGCUCGAGAUAAUUAGUAGUGUAAACUACGUAUAUUUAAGCGGUUUACGGUUGCAUUGUAAUUUUUGAAUAUACGUUGAACAGAUCUAUAAAGACUGCAAUAUUGAUAGGCUGUAUAAUAUUUAGAUAAAAGGAAAAACAAAAAAAGAGCAUAGUAUUUUAUAAUAGUCGUAUAAGACAAAUUGUAAAACCGGCGUUUUCUUUUCCCCACGUAUUUAAAGAUACUGAUUGUUACAAUUAACAUCCUUACAUAAAUAGGAUUGUUUCUUUUUUUAAUUUCGUUGAUAUAUCGAUGUAUAUUUAAUCGAUAAUAUUAAUUGUAUUUCUAAGAAUAUGAUUAAUCUUAAUGUGAUAAAAAGAUAUGUUGUUACGUUGUUUCGAUGGUUUAGUUGUAUCAAUACAUAAUAUAUUUAAAAAUGUUUCGCAUAGCUUAUUUAAAAAUACAUCCGAUAUUUUGUGCUCAAACAUUA